GGCAGGAGGAAGUGCGCCGGGUCUCGACGGUCGCUGCGCACCCCUGGCGGGUGGGGCCGCCAGGUGAGCCCGAGAUGCUGCUGCGCUGGAAGCCCGGGCUGCCGCUGCGGCUGCUGCUGCUCCUGGGGCCGCUGUGUCCCUGCUCCCCGGGCGCCCUGGCGGAACCCGCGCCAGCUGAGGCUGAGGACGUCGUGGUGCUGGUUUUCUCCACCGAGCGGCCAGUGCAUCUGGUGAGUCCCGCGUUCCUGUCCUUCACCAUCGACGCCAAUCUGGCCACGGACCCGCGGUUCCUCACCUUCCUGGGUUCUUCAAAGCUUCGUACUUUGGCCAGAGGUUUGUCUCCCGCAUACCUGAGAUUUGGUGGCACGAAGACAGACUUUCUCAUUUUUGAUCCCAAGAAGGAACCAACCUUUGAAGAGAGAAGUUACUGGCAAUCUCAAGUCAACCAGGAUAUUUGCGAAUCUGGAUCCGUCCCUUCUGAUGUGGAGAGGAGAUUGAAGUUGGAAUGGCCCUUCCAGGAGCAAUUGCUACUCAGAGAACAGUAUCAGAAAAAGUUCAAGAACAGUACCUACUCAAGAAGCUCAGUGGAUAUGCUGUAUACUUUUGCCAGUUGCUCAGGACUGGACCUGAUCUUUGGUCUAAAUGCAUUACUACGAACUGCAGAUUUGCACUGGAACAGUUCCAACGCUCAGUUACUCCUGGACUACUGCUCUUCCAAGAGUUAUAACAUUUCUUGGGAACUAGGCAAUGAACCUAACAGUUUCCGGAAGAAGGCUGGUAUUUUUAUCGAUGGAUUGCAGUUAGGAGAAGAUUUUAUCGAGUUGCAUAAACUUCUAAGAAAAUCUGCUUUCAAAAAUGCAAAACUCUAUGGUCCUGAUGUUGGCCAGCCUCGGGGAAAGACUGUUAAGAUGCUGAAGAGUUUCCUGAAGGCUGGGGGAGAAGUGAUUGAUUCAGUUACAUGGCAUCACUACUACUUGAAUGGGCGAAUUGCUACCAAAGAAGAUUUUCUAAACCCUGAUGUACUGGACACUUUUAUUUCAUCUAUGCAAAAAAUUUUCCAGGCUGUUGAGGAGACCAGACCCCACAAGAAGGUUUGGUUAGGAGAGACCAGCUCUGCGUAUGGGGGUGGAGCGCCCUUGCUGUCCAACACCUUUGCUGCUGGCUUUAUGUGGCUGGAUAAAUUGGGCCUGUCGGCCAGAAUGGGCAUAGAAGUGGUGAUGAGGCAAGUGUUCUUCGGAGCUGGAAACUACCACUUAGUGGAUGAAAAUUUUGAACCUUUACCUGAUUAUUGGCUGUCUCUUCUGUUCAAGAAACUGGUGGGCACCAACGUGUUAAAGGCAAGUGUGAAAGGUCCAGACAGAAACAAACUUCGAGUAUAUCUUCAUUGCACAAACAUCAACCACCCAAGGUAUAAAGAAGGAGAUUUAACUCUGUAUGCCUUAAACCUCCAUAAUGUCACCAAGCGCUUGCGGUUACCACAUCACUUAUUUGACAAGCAAGUGGACAAAUACCUCAUAAAACCUUCAGGACCCAAUGGCUUAUUUUCCAAAUCUGUCCAGCUCAAUGGUCAAACUCUGAAGAUGGUGGAUGACCAAACCCUGCCAGCUUUGACAGAAAAACCUCUCCGCCCAGGAAGUUCACUGGGCCUGCCAGCUCUCUCAUAUGGAUUUUUUGUGAUAAGAAAUGCCAAAGUUGCUGCUUGCAUCUGAAAAUGAAAGACAUAUACUAGCCCAGAGACUGACUUUUUCAAGUGCAUUGAUAAGAAGAAAGCAAAACUCAGGCUGUAGAAAGGGGAGCAGAUGCAUUACAGAUCAACUGGUGACUGCUUUAGGGCCACU